GUAGGGGCGUGGUCUGGAAGUCAGUUGACAAAGUUUUCCAUCAUGGCGACCUCAGAAAGUCAACUAGUCCUAAAUGAACUACUUACAGAAUCACAGCUAGUUACAGAGGAGCAACUAGCUGUGGACCAGCCAGGGUUUAACGAGCAGCAGUAUUCGGUGUUGGUGGUGAUUGGGGCGACUGGAGGAGCCGACCUGGUGUCAGAGAUAGAGAGGGGGAUCCGUUCGUGGGACGUGGACCGCGGUCGCUGUAACCUGGACCAGCAGCUGAAGCAGUUUGUGUCCCGACACUCGGCCUUCUACACCAAGGAGGUCCCAGGCCAAAGAACGCUGCUGCACUCAGGGGAUGUUCUGCACUGUAGGGUGGUGCUGAACCCCGCCUACCAGCUGGUCUGCUCCCAGGUCCGCAGCUUUGUGGCAGAUGUUUCUCGUCACAAACUCCUGGUCCUGAUUGGUCAGUGCUCCGAGGUGACGGGGGACAUCGUCCUACAGAAAGGCUGCUACUCUGCCAAGGACUUCAUCCAGAUGUUCACUGAGGAAGAGACAGCAGCUGCUCUAGGCUCAGCCGGCCCAUCGCUGAAGGCUGGCCUGACCCUGAGCUGUCCCAGCUCUGGGCUGUGGGGGGACCUGGAGCAGGAGACCCAGAAGCUGAGGGGUCUGGUGGACAUCCUGGUGAACCCCCCCUCCCUGCUGCCUGAGAUGGAGGGUCUGAAGGAGUUCACCGAGUACCUCUCGGAGUCCCUGGAGCCCCAAGAGCCCUUCGACCUGCUGGAGGCCCCCAGCACGGUGGGCUUCCUGAAGCUGUCGCGGCCCUGCUGCUACGUGUUCCCAGGGGGGCGGGGAGACUCCGCCUUCUUUGCCGUCAACGGCUUCAACGUGCUGGUUAACGGCGGCUCCGACCCGCGGUCCUCGUUCUGGAAACUGGUCCGACACCUGGACAGGAUCGACUCCGUCCUCCUCACACACGUCGGCGUCGACAACCUCCCAGGGUUCAACAGUCUCCUGCUGAGGAAGGCGGCGGAGGUGGAGCAGGACCAGUCGUCUGAGGACUGCGUGAAGAACAAGGUCUCUCCUGAGAUCGGGGUGGUUUUCUUUAACGCCCCAGACAGACUCAAGGGUUUGGAGGGAGAGUGUAAGGAGCUGCGGAGCUGUGACCAGGCCGCCCUCACCCUGCAGACCUUAGAGAAACUGUCCCUCCGCCCGCAGGCCCUCAGCCGCUCCCCGGGACCCGCCCUGGAACCCCUCAUCCUGUUCCAGAAGAUGGGGGUGGGGAGACUGGAGAUGUACGCCCUCAAUCCCGUCAAAGACAGUAAAGAACUGCAGGCCUUCAUGCAGACGUGGCUCUGCAAUGAACCUAGCAUGAAGGACACGGAUAUUCCUCUGCCCUGUACUGUGUCCAUUUGUGCCUUGCUCGUGUGGCAUCCCUCCAGUGCAGACGAGAAGAUCAUCAGAGUCCUCUUCCCUGGCUGCACACCACAGUCCAAGAUUCUACAGGGACUAGAAAAACUCAAACACCUCAGCUUCCUCAAGCAGCCGGUCAGCUACAUGAGGGACCUGGAGGCGUCCAAAGGAGAUAAACCACCAAGACAUACGGACAGCCGGGAAAGCCUGAAGUCCCUGAACAAAGAGUCCAGGUCCAGCAAUACCCUGCUCAAGGAAAAGACGUCAAGGGUGGAUGUAAGGAAACAGGAGGUAAAGACAAAGGCCAGGAGUGUAGGAGCAGGUGAACCUGCUCUUAAAGAAGGGAAGGAGAAGGAAGACAAGUCAAAAACACUAAGUGAAGCCAAAGGAAGACCUGAAACAGCAGAGAUACUGUCUCUAAAGAAAAAGAACGUUGGCACCAAGAGAGAAGAAAAUGGAGAGAAGAAGAGAGAGGAUCUAACCCUAGAGAAAGGGAAGGAACUGUUGAAGAAGGAACCAAAGAAAGAUGUUAAAACAGACCCUAAAAAGGAGAACACAGUGAAGGAGCUGAAUGCAGAGGAGAAAAAGAUGGUUGUUUCAAAGCAGAAGUUAUCUGCUUUGGAUGUGAAGAAAACCGCAAGUGGAUCAUUAACAGGAAACACACAAUCGAAAAGAGCAUUAGUUAAGAAUGGAAGUCUAAAGAAAGAUGGACCCCUUCCAAAAAAGGGAACAAAAUCAAGCCCUUCAAACAAGAGUUUAGAGAAUGGCCAGGAGACCCCGAGUCAAACACAAGUUGCUGGUGGUGAUGACAGGGCCCUAUCCAAGGAGAAGACCCCGAGUCAAACACAAGUUGCUGGUGGUGAUGACAGGGCCCUAUCCAAGGAGAAGACCCUGAGUCAAACACAAGACGCUGGGGGUUAUGACAGGGCCCUAUCCAAGGAGAAGACCCCGAGUCAAACACAAGUUGCUGGUGGUGAUGACAGGGCCCUAUCCAAGGAGAAGACCCUGAGUCAAACACAAGACGCUGGGGGUUAUGACAGGGCCCUAUCCAAGGAGAAGACCCCGAGUCAAACACAAGACGCUGCCCUGCUGCCUCCAGCCAGGACCCCAAAAAGAGAGCGCAGUGUGAACUUUGACCUGACGCCAGUUGAGUUCAGGUCACCCCUGAAGGGGAAUGGGCAGGGGGCAGGGAGCAGUGAGGAGUCGGCGGAUUAUGAAUCCAGUGUUGAGUCUGCAGGCCAUACACCUUUUCCUAAAUGCAAAACCGAUGACGGACCAGACGGCUUUGACUUUGAAGAGAUAAGCUCAGAGGAGCUCUGUUGGCCCAAAGAUGCUCUGGCAGAAGAAGAUAAUGUCGAUAAUACGUCCAGAGCAGGAAUCACUUUACCUCUUGGAACAGCUCAAAUACACCAUGUAGCAGAUGUGCUCCAGGAAGUUCCUCAUGAUGUAGAUCUCUGUUUGGUAUCCCCUUGUGAGUUCCAACACUCAUGGACCGCAGAACCCAGCCAGCAGUGUCUGAGUACUGACCUGGUUGCUGUUGGACCGCUACCAGGCUGUUAUGAUGGGAACAACCGGUCAGACCACAAGCAGGAGACCGUCAGUGGCUCGCUGCCCUCAGACUCUGAGGACUCCAGCAGUCUCUUCGCUCUUCAUCAUGACCUGCUUAGUCUUGAUGUAUCUCCUGUUGUAUUGGAGCCUUCUUCUCCUGACCCCCCCCCUGCCCCCGCUAAAGACCUCCCCCCAUUGCCCAGGCAGCCAGGAGCUAGCAUGGCUGAUGCAGAUGCUUCCUCCAGGAACCCUCAAAGCACCGCUGCUAAGACUAGGAAAACCCCAGGGCCUUCUCCCAGGGCAAGCUCUGGACAGGAGAAGCCCAAGGCAGGCAGUGGUUCUGGGGCAUUGAAGAACCGGUCCAGCCUGGACAAUCGUCCCACCAGCAGAAACUCUGGCUCUAGACCCGGCCCGGCUAAGCCUCCAUCCCCUGGCCUCGGGGCGCCGGUCGUCUACCUGGACAUGGCCUACCUGCCAUCGGGCGCGGCGCGGGCCAGCGUGGACGUGGCGUUCUUCCAGCAGCUGCGCUCCUCGUGCUACAUCAUCAGCGGAGACGAGCCCCGGACGGAGCGGAGUCUGAGGGGGAUACUGGACGCCCUGCUGGAGGGCAAGACCGCCUGGCCUCACAUCCAGGUGACCCUGAUCCCCACCUUCGACUCGCCCUCCAUGCACCAGUGGUACCAGGAGACCCACGGACAGCAGGCCGCCCUGGGCCUCACUGUGCUGGGCUCCAACAGCACCGUGGCCAUGCAGGACGACAGCUUCCCCGCCUGCAAGGUGGAGUUCUGAUCACCGGACCCGGACCCUACACCGUGGCCCUAGACCCUACACCGUGGCCCCUAGACCGUGGCCCCUAGACCCUACACCGUGACCCCUAGACCCUACACGUGGCCCCUAGACCCUACACCGUGGCCCCUAGACCCUGACCGUACACCGUGGCCCUAGACCCUACACCGUGGCCCUAGACCCUACACCGUGGCCCUAGACCCUACACCCUACCCGUGGCCCCUAGACCCUACACCGUGGACCUAGACCCGGACCCCCAGUCCCUGACACCAGACCGGUCCUUAGACCUUGUUCCCCGUGACCCCUAACCCUGUUCAGAGACCCUUUCCCUGACCCUAGACACUAGACCCCGUCCCAGGUGGUCUGGAAGUCUUCUAAAGGAAAUGAUCUCAUGUUGCCAAUGGACAGCUCUCUGAGACUGUUUAGUACGAAGAACCGUCCAUGGAAAAUUGUUCUUGCUAUUAUUGUUCUCAGUGUUAUGUUAUUAGUCACAUUAUAACUCGAUCCAGACUGAUGUUAACUGUUCAGCUUCCUUCAUUCACUGCUGCUGUCCUCAAACAGCAGUCAUUCCUUAAUGAUUAGCUAUCCUCCAUUAGAAGAGAUAAAAACCAACUGUCCCUAGUUUGAGGAACCCUUGUAAAAUGCUAAUCUAUAGUCCUAGCUUCGGCUAAUAACCACCUAGCUCACAUAAUAACGUCUUAGCUCCAGCUAUGACUUCCUAGCUUUAGCUAACAACCUCCUAGCCCUCCUAACCGACUAACUAUAACUAAUAACCCGCCUAGCUCAAGCUAAUAACCAACUAGCUGAAGCUAAUCACCAUCUAGCUCAAGCUAAUAACCACCUAGCUCAAGCUAAUAACCACCUAGCUCAAGCUAAUAACCGCCUAGCUCAAGCUAAUAGCCACCUAGCUCAAGCAAAUAACCGCCUAGCUCAAGCUAAUCACCAGCUAGCUCCAGCUAAUUAAGAACUGUAUCACAAACCUCUGUGGCGCUAUGUGCUCAUAUCUGCUCCUGUGUCAUUUCAUGAAGUCUUUGCUGUUUUUCUUCCGUGAUUCAAUCCAUUUCUAAUGUUUUCAUGUUCAUGUUUUCAAGGUAGCAUUGUGUUGUAACCCACUGUGGAUGGUUUUAUUUCUGUUUUAAGAUGUAAUAUGUUCAGCCUUCCUAAUGAUCCAAUUCUUAGCUUCAGUCCAGAUGUAGAUGAUGGCUGCUGGGGGGUUGAGAGGUUUGGUGUGUUUUCAGUAUUAAUAAUUCAUUAUUUUAAACUGAAAUCUAUUCCUAUGUUCAGAGAGUUAGCCUCUCCACCAGGUGGCGACGUGGUACACCACUGCUUUAGAAGAUGCUAUUUAAAAACAAUUGAAUAAAGUGUAUUUUCACACAA